AGUCUCCCGUUGGACUUGAGAGUAUUUUUAUGUCAAGUACAAGUUAUUUAUUCACUCCAAUUUUUAAAAUUUUUACUCUGUAUGUCAAGUAAAAUAAUUAAUAGUAGUGUCGGCAAUGUGCGGGGUUUGAAUUUUUAUAGAGUAAUUUUUUAAAAAAUGGAAGAAUUUUCGCGGCCAUAAGAAAGGCCGCAGCGAUUCAGAAUGUCUGUAAAAAUAAAAUUACGAAAAGUAAUUUAGGUCAGUAGGAAGGAAAAGUAAAUUUAUUUGUUUAAAAAAAAAAGAAGUCAAGAUGUCGAUGGCAUCAAUUGAAACAAUGGGAUCCAUAAAGGAUUUACCGCCACGUAAAUUUAUAAAUCCUAAUUUAUUAUCCCUCAAGUGCCUUCUAUUUAUUUUCUUUGGUGGUAUGGGCUGUUUGUUUCCUUUUCUUCCGCUUCAUAUGAUAGCAGUGGGACUGACAAUGGAAGAAAUACGACUUGUGUCAAUGAUAUCACCGGUGAUAGCGAUAAUAGGGCCAUUAAUAGUGGCACCGAUAGCCGACAAGUUAGCAGCUCGCCAAGGAUCUAAACCAUCGAACGGACGUUAUCUGAGAAUAAUGAUCGCUCUAGCAUGUUUUCUAUCAGCAGUUGUUUACUCGCUGCUGCUUCUAGUGCCCGUGGUUGAGAGAAUAGAGCUUCCGCGUGAGCACAGGCCUACGUUGAAGUUUUCUUGCAAUCACAAAGGCGCGACGGUUUUUCAGGAACGAAUUGAUGAAUUUUCCACAUGCUACAACUGGACCAGCGAGAGCCGAGUCUGCGCGAUACUUUUGAAAAACUGCAAUUACGCGUGUCAUCCAAUAGUACCGCGACGGAAUCAUAUGUUUUUGAAUAAUCGACCACCUGCUAUUGAAAUUGACGCGCCGCCGAACACCGACAUCGGAGUCCUAAGUAUCGACGAAGGAAGCGGCGAUCUCAGUGAAGGCGGAGCUCGCGUAAAUUCACAAUACGCGGACUUGAGUAGUGAAGAUAUCGAAUGGAGAACUAAAGUACCGAUAAAACAUAAACGUCGGCGGUAUAUUCAAGCUAAAACUGAACCACCUCAUUUAUGUUUUCAUGAGGGCGAAAAUAGGGUUUGUCAUGUUUACACAAGUGACACAGGAAGUUUGCCAGUUAAUGCGAGUUUUAGAGAAGCAAGUAAUACACGCAAUAAACAAGAAUGGUGUGCUUAUCCAAUUUCCGAAGAAUUUACUUGCAGAAUACCUCGUAAAUUGGAAGCUGAUAUGGCUAAAUUUAAUCAGACUUGUUCAGUUGAAUGCGAUAUACUUGACCCAUUUGCGUUACCAGGUAGCAUUCACACGGAAAAUCAAUGCAGCCAAGUAGCCGGUGACCCAGAUAUGACAUUUUGGAUGUAUCUUACGAUACGUUCGAUAGCUGAUAUUUUUCCAACAGCAGCAGUAACUCUGAUAGACGCGUCAAUAGUCAUAGCAACCCGAGAAACUUCCUGUGGCCGGGGUGACGUCGGUAGACAAUUGGCAUUUGGUUCAUUGAGUUUUUCAAUAUUUGGACCUCUCGCGGGGUAUCUGAAUCUUCUGGUAGCUCCCAAACCAGCUUAUCUUCUGCCAAUAAUUUUGCACGUCGCCAUGAUGAUACUCGCAGCAAUAGUUGCACUUUCAGCGAACGGAAUGCCUCUGAGUCCGCCGGAAUGGUGGUGGCACACGAGAUCAGGAAUGCUUGCCGUGCCAAUGAGUGCCGUAAAGCGAUACGGCAGCGAAACUGCGGCUCUCGUGCUGAUUCUCAUCGUUCUGGGCACUCUGUGGAGCGCGAUGGACAGCUAUCUGUCUCUGUAUCUCACAGAAUUGACUGGAGAUUCACUGGCAAUAGGUGUGAUUUUAACAGUUGGUGCAUUGCCAGCGAUCUUCUUCCUCUGGAAAUCCGAGCAUCUAGUUGAUUAUUGCGGGCACAGCAAUUUACUUAUCAUGGCAUUCACAAUUUACAUCGUAAGAUUCACCGGAUUGAGUGUCGUAUCAGACCCAUGGUGGGCGCUGGUAUCCGAAGCACUUGAACUCUUCACUCUGGGUAUCAUGUGGGUGACUGCUAUCCUCUACAUGCGACAUCUUAUCCCUCGCAACCUCACAGUUACUGCUCAAGCGCUACCAGUAAUCGCACAUUUCUGUAUCGGACGGUGUCUCGGAGCCAUAAUCGGCGCUUAUGUACAAAUCGGUGACACGGAAAUAGAGUCACUUAAAUUUAUCUAUCAAUGCAUGGCAGUAUCGGCAGCAGUUAUUGCUGUACUUUAUUUUAUUCUGUAUCACGGAAUUCUCAAACCCCGAUGUCAUGCUCAGACGAUACAAAAUGCACGCACUACUCCAUCUAUUGUGCAAGCUGCUUUACAAGAACACGAACAAGCGAUUAGCAUGAAUGGAAAUGGAAAUUACACGCCGCUGAGAGUUUAUCACAACGGACUGGGCAGGAAAGGACAAUUCAGAUACUAAAAAAGUGUCAAUUAAUUAAUAAAGAUUCUUCGAGUCGCGCGUUAAACUUCUUUACUUGCAAUUUAUUUAAAUUAACUUAAUAAAAUAAUCUUUGUAAGUUUAGUAUGAUUUAACAAGACGAUUUAAACUCGUGGAAUCAGCUUUAGUUCAUCCGCGGUCGUAAUUUACUAUCGCGGACAGAGCAAACAAAAUAAUUUAAAAAAUAUAUUAUAAUUAUUUUUAAAUGUUAAAAUUUAUUUCGUGGUAUGUCCACAUAAUUUUUCUAAUAUAUUUUUUUAUACUAUAUAUAAUGCGUUUUGUAUUUAAAAAAAAAAAAAGUGAACCUGAAACUGCAUUUAGAUUUUUUGUAUUUAUUUGGAGCUAGUGGCGGGUCGGCUUGGCUCUGGGUCGCUGGGAGCCCGAAAAAUUUCCAUAAUUAACGAGGUUUUCCGAACACAUAUUUAUGUAAUUCAAACAGUUACCGCUUAAGUACGAGCCGAUUGUCAUAUUUAUCAAUAUCAUAAGUUAUGUUAAACAGGAUAUUUUUUACUAAAUUAUUUUUAGAAAAUAAAAAUAAGUUAUGGAUAACGACGAGCUGUCAUGGUGACAAAUGAUGAUUUUUUCGACCAUUAAAUACAAAGAUAAAAAAAAUAACCGGAUUCAUCCCAUACCUGCAGCGAAAGUUUUUAUUCUUGCCCUAUUUAAAGGGAAGAAAGUUAUUCAUUUCACGAAAACAGGGGAAAAAUUUAAACUUUCAGGUACAGGUCUGGUGAAAAAUUUUAUACACGCUACAGAGUUAAAAAAUUUCUGUUAAAUUUAAGGGGGAUAGCCACUGUGAGGAUCGAAAAAAUAGGUGAUUUUCGGGAAUUUUUUUGACUGGAAUAAUAAAGAAAUUUGGGGAUUGGGUUUUUUUUUGUUUUCUAAAGUAUAUAUUAAAGAUAAUUCUCCUAAAUUUUAAUUAAAAAAUAUCAUGUUGUUACAAAGUUAUAAGCAUUUUUGUGGAGCAACAAAAAAAUUUCCCCCACCACGGUGUCAUCUUUAACUCAAAAACGGAUUAUCAGAAACAAAAAUACCAAACGGCGUUGUAAUCUGUAUGCAUGUGGUUAUCGUUGCACACACGGGAUUUUGAAAAUUUGGAUUUGAAAAAAAAUGGCGACAUAUUAAAAAUUUUUUCGUUAUUUUUUCUCAUUUUUUUGGAUUCAAACAGCCCUAAAAAAUCUUAAAAAUCAAAAUUUUCAAAAUCCUCUACGUGCAACUUUAGCUACUGAAUAGACGAAUACGGCAAAAAAAAAGUUGCGAAUCGGUUGAUAUUUAUGCAAAUUACAGAUGCCACCAGUUCAAAAAAAGUAGUUUCGAGAAAAAUGCGUUUAAAAUUUUUAGUCGAUGCAACGGUCAGUUGACGCGCUGUCACAAAAAUGACUAUAACUUGAAAAAUAUUCGGAAUUUUCAUAUAAAACUUUAGAUACAUAUUUUUGAACAUAUACACUUUGAUUUAAUAAAAAAAAAAAAAAUUUUUUUUUUUUUAAAUUUCACAGUGGCUAUCCCCCUUAAUACAAAUCACAUGUCCCAAACGGUUCACUCAAUUUUUGUGUUAAUUUUACAUAUUACACUUGUGUCAAACAAUAAUACAGGUUUAAAACUUGUUGAGAUCAGACAACACAUUCAACUUUAGAUAAAUUUACACUUGGUGUCAAAUAAUUGACACUAAAUAUUUAACCAUUGAAUUUUUAUACACGAGAACACAAAAUUUUCGACUGUGUAGGGAGGAAACAGAACAUUCUAACCCACGUGUGCAAUUUCCUACCCGAGUCGAAGGUGACAAUCACGACUGGGACGUCCUACUUUCCUCCCUAGGUGUAUAAUAUUCUAAUUUUCUCCAUACCUGCACCAAAAGUUUAAAUUCCCGCCCUGUUUAGAGGGGAGAGACCCCUUAUUUUUUUAUGAGAAAAAUAAUAAAAAGCAGCGCAUGCGCCAUUCUUCUUUUUUACGAAUAUCCUACUUUCCUCCCUCGUCACAUAAUAUACUAAUAUUUUUAAAUUGACAAUCGAAUUCUUUCGGUAUCAGUCGGCUCUGUUCCGAGCAGCCCAGAGCCAGUAACCGAACACGUCAUAAAAAAUGCUUUUAAUUUAAGAAAAAAAAAUGAAGUACUACGAAAUUACAUGAAUAAAAGUAUAUUAAAAAAAAGUAAUUAAAUU